GAGCCGCCCAGGUGUUGCUGUGAAGGGCUCCAGGCCCCAGGCAGAGACGGGAGGCUGGGGCAUGGAAUCAGGUGCAGGUCCCAGCCGCACCAGCAUGGGCAGUCUCUCCUACCGAGAGGACCUCGAGGAGGAGAAGAACACAGCAUUCACCUGGGAGGUAAAAGCCAACAGCAGGGCCCACAACAGCCAGUUCAAGAAGAAGAGCUUCCUGUGCUGGCAGAGGCAGAAGUAUAAGAGCAAUGUCAUCUACACUGCCAAGUACAACGUCUUCUCCUUCUUGCCCUUGAACCUGUGUGAGCAGUUCUGCCGCAUCUCCAACCUCUACUUCCUUUUUAUCAUCAUUCUCCAGGGUUUCCCCGAGAUCUCCACGCUGCCCUGGUUCAGUCUCUUUGCCCCGCUCAUGGGCCUCCUCAUCAUCCGGGCCACCCGAGACCUGGUGGAUGACAUCGGGCGACACAGAAGUGACAGGAUCGUCAACAACAGGCCGUGCCAGAUCCUGGUGGGGAAGAGCUUCCUGUGGAAGAAAUGGGCGAACCUGCAUGUGGGAGACCUGGUGUGUCUGCACAGAGACAACAUCGUCCCGGCCGACCUGCUCUUGCUGGCCAGCACGGAGCCCAGCAGUCUGUGCUACGUGGAGACCGCAGACAUUGAUGGGGAGACCAACUUGAAGUUCAGGCAGGCCCCGCUGGUCACCCACCUCGAGCUGACCAAUAUAAGGAACAUGGCUUCCUUCCAAGGCAAGGUGGUGUGUGAGGAGCCCAACAGCCGGAUGCACCAUUUUGUGGGGUGCUUGGAGUGGGGCGGCAGGAAGCACCCCCUGGACAGCGGCAACGUGCUUCUGCGCGGCUGCAGGGUCCGGAACACGGACACCUGCUACGGGAUGGUCAUCUAUGCUGGUUUCGACACCAAGAUCAUGAAGAACUGCGGCAAGAUCCAUCUGAAGAGAACCAAGAUAGACCAUCUGAUGAACAGGCUGGUGAUGCUGAUCUUCGUGUCCCUGGUGCUGAUCUCCCUGGCACUGAGCUUCGGCUUCUGGUUCAAGGUGAAGGAGUUCAAGGCCAAGCACCACUACGUGCCCUCCGAGGACCUGCACAGCGUGGCCACCGAGACCUUCCUCAUCUUCUGGGGCUUCCUCAUCCUGCUGAGCGUCAUGGUGCCCAUGGCCAUGUUCAUCAUGGUCGAAUUCAUCUACCUGGGGAACAGCAUGUUCAUCAACUGGGAUGUGCACAUGUACUCUGCGCCGCAGGACGAGCCCGCCAAGGCGCGCAGCACUAGCCUCAACGACCAGCUGGGCCAGGUGGAGUACAUCUUCUCAGACAAGACCGGCACCCUCACCCAGAACGUCAUGACCUUCAAGAAAUGCUGCAUUGGGGGUGUCAUCUACGGCCCGGAUGAAGAGGAGGAGACCCCACGUAAGGAGAACCCCUACCUCUGGAACAAAUUUGCCGAUGGGAAGUUUCUUUACCGAAACGCGAAGCUCAUGUGCGCUGUUCGGGACAAUGAGGACAAGAUGGUGCGGGAGUUUUGGCGCCUGCUGGCCAUCUGCCACACCGUGAUGGUGCAGGAGAAGGACAACCAGCUGGUGUACCAGGCCGCAUCCCCCGAUGAGGAGGCGCUGGUCACGGCGGCCCGGAAUUUCGGCUACGUGUUCCUGGCGCGCACACAGGACAGCAUCACGGUGAUGGAGCUGGGGGAGGAACGGGUGUACCAGGUCUUGGCCAUGAUGGACUUCAACAGCAUACGCAAGCGCAUGUCAGUGCUGGUCCGCAACCCCGAGGGCUCCAUCUACCUCUACACCAAGGGCGCUGACGUGGUCAUCUUUGAACGCUUGCGCAAGAAAGGCAUGAAAGAGUGGACCACAGAGGAGGCCUUGGCUUCCUUUGCUGAGCAGACCCUGCGGACCCUGUGCCUGGCCUACAAGGAGGUGGACGAGGAUGUGUAUCAGGAGUGGUGUCAGCGGCACCAGGAGGCCGGCAUCCUGCUGCAGAACCGGGCCCACGCCCUGCACCAGGUGUACGAGGAGAUGGAGCAGGGCCUCCAGCUGCUGGGAGUCACGGCCAUUGAGGACAGACUCCAGGACGGCGUCUGCGACACGAUCAAGUGUCUCAAGCAGGGGAGUAUCAAAGUGUGGGUACUCACAGGGGAUAAGCAAGAGACAGCGGUGGGGGGCGGAAUUGCGUGCCGAGACGAACCAUGAGACAUGCUCAUCUUUGAGAAACAAACUGUCGUUCGCAUCCUGGAAGCCUACUGGGAGAUCAACAACAACGUGCGGGGUGGCAAGGGCCGUCGGAAGAAGCGGUUCCUGCCACAGGUCAAGAUGGCCAUGGUCAUUAGCGGGGAGUUCCUGGACCAGCUGCUGCUGUCCCUGCGCAAGGAGCCCCGAGCGCUGGUCCACAAGGUGAACAGGGACGCGGACGAGUCCUGGCAGGAGCCCGACGAGCGGAGGACGGACUUCCUGCGGGCGCGGCGCAUAUCUCUGCUGUGGCGGACCCUCGGCAUCCAGCUGAGGGGCACGGGCUUGGCGCCGCAGGUCACCGACUCCAACACCAGCGAGAGCCCCGACGUGCGGCGGGAGCAGGCCUUCGUGGAGCUGGCCUCCCAGUGCCAAGCGGUCAUCUGCUGCCGGGUGACGCCCAAGCAGAAGGCCUUGAUCGUGGCGCUGGUCAAGAAAUACCAGCGCGUGGUGACCCUGGCCAUCGGGGACGGCGCCAACGACAUCAACAUGAUCAAGACUGCGGACAUCGGCGUGGGGCUGGCGGGUCAGGAGGGCAUGCAGGCGGUGCAGAACAGCGACUACGUGCUGGCCCAGUUCUGCUUCCUGAAGCGGCUGCUACUGGUGCACGGGCGCUGGGCCUACAUGCGGGUCUGCAAGUUCCUGCGGUACUUCAUCUACAAGACGGUGGCCUGCAUGAUGGUCCAGAUCUGGUUCGCCUUGUACAGCGGCUUCUCCGCCCAGGUGUGCUUUCCAUAACCUCCGCCGCGCCGCGGCCACUCCCUUCUCAGGGAUAUUUGGCAAACUGGAGCUCUGAAGUGAGGGCAGGACAGAUGGGCCGAUGUCCAUCCUUCUAGUGGGCAAGAGGGGAGAGCUAGGAGCCCACAGAAGGGAAGAGUGUGGGGGCUGGGUCCCUGACUCAGGGACUCUAGGCAGUAUCAUGGCGAAGAUGAGAGGUGCUCUCUUGAGCUUUAGAAGGGUCCCAGGCACUGAUUUUUCCCUGCGGAAGGAAAUCGUCUGCGAAGAGCCAGCUGUGAGAGGGAGUGAGCUCCCUGUCACUGAAACCCAGGGGUUUGAGGGGGAGCUUUACAGAGGCACCCUAGAUAAAUAUAUAUUGUUUGUUCAUUUUACUUUUUAUUUAUAGAUAUUUUUCAGAUGUUUCUGUAAGUGGAAUUGUUUUCUUAAUUUGCUUUGGGGAUUGUUCCUUGCUGGUGUAUAGAAACACGAGUGAGUUUUUGAUUUCCGGUCUGUGCCCUGUAACUUU